UGUCACCGGCCCUCUGCACGCGCACCGGUGCUCGCAUCGCCUGCUCGGCUCGUCGGCGGCUCAGUGUUCGCAUUCUCAUCUACAUCAGCACAUCACCGCCGUUACUGCGGUUCGUCACCACCGUCCAGUUCCUGUGGCAUUCAAGCCCAACAACAGAACCUUGGACGCCAAUCGCACGGCACGAGGGUGGACAUAGAAGAAGACACGGCGGUUUUCAGAUGCAUACGGAAGGGAACGCGUGGCACAUGAUGGAUUCUUCGUUUUUUUAUCGCCAUUUCUGCUAGCACAAUAUUCCAUCGCCAGUUCUAUCGGCAUCACGCGACUCCGCCCGGAUCUCGACCGGCCGGCGGCCGCCGUGGUCAACGAACGAGGGCCAGGCGGCCAGGCAGCCAUGGCGUCCGAGGUAGCCGGCCUCGCCGUGGUCUCGGCCGCGGCGGCUGGGGCCCUCUCCUACGCGCGACUCGCUACCGCGCGCUUGAGCUCCGGGAUCCCCCGCCUCGCGGCGCUCCUCCCGGUGCUCCUCCUCCUCCCCGUCCUCCCCUUCGCCUUCGCCUCCAUCCACCUCCGCACCAUCUCCGCCUUCUUCCUCGUCUGGCUCUGCGGCUUCAAGCUCCUCCUCCUCGCCGCCGGCCACGGGCCGCUCCACCCCGCCCUCCCGCUCGGGCGCUUCGUCGCGUGCGCCGCGCUGCACGUCAAGGUCCGGCACGAGCAGCAGCAGCAUCGGCCGUCCCGCGCUCUCCCUUCCGGAUUCCUGAUGUCCUACGCAGCCAAGGCGGCGCUCUUCGCGGCGCUCGUCUCCGCCCGGCGCUACAGGGCGCGGAUGCCAGCGUACGCCGUGCCCGUGUUCGACGACGCGCACGUGUACCUGAUGCUCGAGCUCUUCCUCGCGUCCGCCGCGGCGCUCGCCCGCGCGCUGCUGGGCGCCGAGCUGGAGCCGCAGUUCGACCGGCCCUACCUCGCCUCCUCCCUCGGCGACUUCUGGGGCCGCCGGUGGAACCUCAUGGUCCCGGGCGUCCUCCGGCCCUGCGUGUACCGCCCCGUGCGCGCCCGCCUCGGCGCCACCGCGGGCGUGCUCGCGGCGUUCCUCGUGUCCGGGGCCAUGCACGAGGUCAUGUUCUACUACAUCACGCUCGAGGCCGGGACCGGGGAGGUGACCGCGUUCUUCGCGCUGCACGGCGCGUGCGCGGUGGCCGAGCGGUGGUGGCAGGGCAGAGGGCGUUGGCGGCCGCUCGCGCCUCCCCAUCCCCUUCCCCUCGCGGAGCAUGACGGCGGCGCUGCGCGUCGCGGAGGAGGGCGGGGUGCGGCGCUGCGCGGAGCAUGGCAGGGCGGACGCGCCGCGGCGAGGCAGCCGCGGUGUGGCGGGGCUGCUGCGGGCGGGCGGACGCGGCAAGGAAGGGGCAAGUGCGGCGGCCCGCACUCGACCCGCCCUGCAUGCGCGGUGGCCGCCGGAGGUGGAGGAUCCCCACGGCCAGGCCCCCUCCUCCCUUGCGCCUGCGCAUCCUCCUCCUCGCGGCGGCGGCGGCGGACGCCUCUCCCCCCCCUCUCUCUCGGCGCGAGGCCGUUGGACGGUGCGGGGCCCGCGCCACGCUGGCCGGUAGCGCAGCUUCUGUAUUGCGCUGGGCAUGGCGGACGGGACUCUCGUCCGCAACGCUUGCUGAUGGAAUAGAGAGCCCCGCUGCAGCAAAAUUUUUCUCUAUCCCAUACUCAAGGACGGGAUACAGAUCCCAGUGCGGAGAGCCUAAAGAUGGCAACUGGUCGGGUUCGGAUCGGAUCGAGUCUCCAUGCACCCAAAAUCGAAACUCGAAAUCAAAACCUGAACUCGAACCCGAAACCGAUUCGGGUGGAAAUUCAUCACCAAAAUCAAAUCCGCGGAUACCCGAAACUCAAAUGGAUACCCGAAACCCACGGAUAAAUAUACACAUAUUCACAUGUAUAAAUAAGAGGCAACAAAUAAUAAAUAUUUUUAUGAGUCAACUUUCAAUAAAUUUAAUAAUUUAAGUAAACAAGUUAUCACUAAUGUAUUAUAAAACAUGAGUUUUAAUUGCAAAUGAUUUAUUUCAGAUAUCUAUUGGAUAUCCACGGGUGGAAACCAAAACCCGAAACUAAACCCAAACCCCAACCUGAAAACUGUGGGUGAAAAACCAACACCAAACCCGAAAAACCGAAACCCGUGGAUACCCACACUGAACCCGAUCCGCUGCCAUCUCUAAAAGAGGCAGACCUGAUAACGGGCCAUCUGACCCGAUAAAUCCGAUUCAACCCGUCCAGAAAAAAUUCAAUCCGAUCCAAACAAGUGACGGGUUAAAUACGGGCUGAAAUAUUUAACUCGCAAGUGAAAAAAGCCAAUUAAACUCGAAAAUUGCACACAAAAUUGCGGACCAACCCGAUCCAACCCGACUUGACCAUGUUAUGCGUUAGGUAUAGGCCAACAUAUUUUUAUUCCAAACUCGAAGUGACCGAUCCGAACGUGAUCCGACCCGAUAGAUGAUAGGAAAAUGAUAGGAUAGGGUGCGGAGAGAAUGGG